CUUGUAAUGCAUGCAGGUGACGUCCAGUUGGCAGCCAAGUGGUUGCAUCUCACGUUCUGGGUCCUUAAUUGUGAUAGAGUUACCCUCCUUGGAUUGCUAGGCAUGGUGUCCGAUGCUGCUGAUGGGAUGUACCGGUCAAUCACGGUCACAUGCGGGUGCGCCGAAGGCUGGUGGUUCUUGCAUGCAAAAGACAAUAGAUCGCUAUCUGAGGCACUCAAAAGACACUAACAUCAACAAAGCGGCAGUGGAACAAAAUGUCCAGCUCUGGAAGUAUGAAGCUGCACACAUGUCUAAGAAGAUUGAGAUUCUUGAAGACUCUAAGAGGAAGCUUUUGGGAGAAAGCUUGGAAUCAUGUUCAAUAGAGGAACUGCAACACAUAGAGAACCAGUUGGAGAGGAGCCUAAAAAACAUUCGAGGAAGGAAGUCUCAGCUGUAUGUGGAGCAGAUUAAGCAACUAAAAGAAAAGGAGAGAAUCCUAUCAGAAGAAAACACCGUUUUAAUCAAAAAGUGUGGGUUGAGGCCACAAGAACCAUCAACCAUUCAGAGAGAAAUUGUCCAUUAUGAUCAUGGUACUCAAGAUCAAGAGGUGGAAACUGAAUUGUACAUAGGGAGGCCUGAGAGAGGAAUACCACGCUACCCAUUGCAAGGUUGAUAAGUGAUGUAAUCCUGCCAUCGAAGUCAUCACAAGCUUAAAGACCACCAAGUGAAGUUGAGUUCUGUUUAUGUGAGAAAUAACCACACAAUGUAAGUAACUUCGUGUGCAGACAAUAAAUCAGCAGAUGAUAUGAUGCAGUGUAUGAUUUGAUCUUAUUGAAUCUUCAGAAAACAUGAAACUUGGAAGAUUGUAUUCAACA